AAUGAGUGCAUUUCACAUUUGCCUUAGCCACUCAACUUGUGAAUCCUCGUACAGCAGCCACAAACUCGGUCAAUUGUUCAAAGUAGGGACACAACAGCGACAAGUUCCUCAAAAGGUUCACUGUGGAAGGGGGGUGUUCAGUGCAUGUCUCAAUGUGGGUGUGGAAGCAACCGACGCUGCGGUGGCGUUGGGUGGUGGGAAGAGGACGAAGGAGGUGAUUGAGGAUGAAGGGAAGUUCUUGGUGGGUACCUACGCAAGGGCACCAGUGGUUCUUGAGAGAGGAAAAGGUUGCAAGGUUUAUGAUGUUGAAGGGAAGGAGUAUUUGGAUUUGAGUGCUGGAAUUGCUGUGAAUGCACUUGGACAUGGUGAUGCUGAUUGGCUGAGAGCUGUUGUUGACCAAGCUGGUAUCCUUACUCAUGUCAGCAAUAUUUAUCACUCUAAACCUCAGGUAGAACUUGCGAAGCGUUUAGUAUCUUGUUCUUUUGCAGAUCGUGUAUUUUUCGCAAAUUCUGGAACUGAAGCAAAUGAAGCCGCUAUUAAAUUUUCAAGAAAGUAUCAGAAACACACAUGUACUAAUGGUAAAGUACCAGCUACUGAGUUCAUAGCUUUUAGCAAUUGCUUCCAUGGGAGAACCCUGGGCUCACUUGCUUUGACAAGUAAAAUGCAGUACAGAGCACCUUUUGAACCUGUUAUGCCAGGAGUGACCUUUUUAGAGUAUGGAAAUGCGCAGGCUGCAGUUGAAUUAAUUCAGCAGGGCAAGAUUGCUGCAGUUUUUGUGGAACCCAUCCAAGGAGAAGGGGGAAUAUACAGUGCUACAAAAGAUUUUCUACAGUCUCUGCGAAGUGCUUGUGAUGAGGCUGGGGCGCUUCUUGUGUUUGAUGAGGUUCAAUGUGGUUUAGGUCGAACAGGGUUUCUUUGGGCUCAUGAGGCUUAUGGAGUCUUCCCAGAUAUGAUGACACUUGCCAAGCCUCUUGCUGGAGGUCUACCUAUUGGAGCUGUCCUUGUGACUGAUAGAGUUGCUUCUGCUAUAAACUAUGGUGACCAUGGAAGUACUUUUGCAGGAGGUCCUCUUGUUUGUAGCGCGGCUCUUGCUACUUUGGAUAAAAUAUCUAACCCUGAUUUCCUCUCUGCUGUAUCUAAGAAAGGUCUAUACUUCAAAGAACUACUAAAACAGAAGUUGGGAGGAAACUGCCAUGUGAAAGAGAUUCGCGGUUUUGGGCUGAUUAUAGGAAUUGAUUUAGACGUGCCAGCCUCACCCCUAGUAGAUGCUUGCAGAAAUUCUGGCCUGCUAGUAUUAACUGCUGGAAAAGGUAAUGUUGUCAGACUUGUUCCCCCAUUAAUUAUAACAGAACAGGAGCUUGAGCAUGCAGCUGAUAUUCUGUGCCAAACUUUGCCUGUUCUUGAUGCCAAUGAUCAAAAGUAGGUGCAAGGGAAUUACCUUCUUACUGGCAUGUAGAAUUUGUUUGGUUAAAUGAAAGUUUACAUAAUAAAAUCGUGGAAUUUCUUGCAUGAAUUAGUUGUAUUGGUUGUAAGAAUAUUGUAGCAAAGCUGUACAAUAUUGCAUGAUGUUUUACGUAGUUGCAUUGGCUUUAUGUCAGGAAUGAAUUUGUGGCUAUUUUUCCAUUUAAAGUGUAAUAGAUGUUGGCUAUGGCUUUGUCAUUUCCUUUCAUAAUCG